AUGUGGUCGUCUACUUCCAGCGUUAUACGCUUGACAACGGAGAACAAUCUGGGAAAGACGACUCUAGAUAAGCCCAAUAUACAAAAGGCUAUGUGGACACGUCAGCCUGGAGAUCGGGAUGCUUACCUAGCGGCGAACAGGGAGGCUAAGAAGGCAGUCUCCAAGGCGAAGUCAGACCGCUACAAAGCUGUGUACGACAUGCUUGAUACCAGAGAAGGCGAGCGGGCAGUGUAUCGUUUAGUCAGAGCGCGUCAUCGCUCAACGUUGCAUAUGGAGCACACCAAGAUCGUUAAGGGAGCUGAUGGAGCCGUUCUGCGCUGCUCUUGUCAGAUCCAGGAGAGGUGGCGAGAGUACUACAAUCACUUGUGUAACGAAGAGUUCUGUCAUCCUCCCAUCCCAACUGUUCCUAGCGUCGAGGGUCCUGUUCUACCAAUUACUGCCGUCGAAGUCAGUGCUGCAAAAAUGAAGUUGAACAAGGCAACCGGUCCUGAUGACAUACCUGCUGAUGACUGGAAGCUGCUAGGAGAUCGAGGGUCCGUGUGGUUCACAACUCUAUUUAACAAGAUCGUUUCAGAAGGACGGACUCCAGACGUUUGGCAAACUUCCGUGACCGUGCCUGUCUGGAAAGGGAAAGGAGACAUUGUUGACUGCACUUCGCACAGGCCUAUACGACUGCUGUGCCAUACGAUGAAGGUUUUUGAGCGUGUCCUGGAGGCUCGUCUGAGAAAAAUUGUCAGCGUUUCACUCAACCAGUGCGAUUUUGUGAAGGACUGCAGCACUAUAGAUGCUAUCCAUGCUGUCCGUAUCUUUCUGGAGAAACAUCGAGAGAAGAACCGCAGUGUGCGUUUUGCUUUUCUCGAUCUCGAGAAAGCUUUCGAUCGUGUCCCACAUGAGCUGUUAUGGAUGUCAAUGAGAUCGCAUAGAGUACCUGAAGAAUAUCUGCGGUGGACGAAGCUGAUUUAUGCGAAGCCCACCAGCUUUGUACGAUGUGCUGCUGGAACAAGCAGACCAUCCCCUGUACAAGUAGAGAAGAAGCAUCCGUGGACUCUACCCUUUGCCGAUGAUGUCAUGCUCGCGUCGGAGUUUCGAGAUGAUCUUCAGAAACAAGUACAGUCUUGGAAGGAUCGGCUGCAGCAACAUGGAUUGCGCCACAACAUAUCAAAAACUGAGUACAUGGAGUGCGGACCGAGGAUAGAGGAUGGUUCAAUUCGUGUUGAUGGCACCGAAUUAAACAAGGUGAACUGUUUCAAGUACCUUGGAUCCAAAGUGAUUCUCACAGGCGACAUUGAUCAAGAAGGUCGAACACGUGUUAAUGCGGCAUGGAUGAAAUGA